GAAUUAUGGCCUCCAAAACUCCUUCUACUAGCUCCAUCAGCGAGAUCAAAGAGCCAGCUCUCUACAAACUUGAUGAAAAGCCUUCAAGUGUUUAUGGCGAAGAGAAAGCGGUUGACAGCGAGGAUGCUUUCGCCAAAGAGACUUGGAACAAUCCUGCUGUGAAUAAAUACCGACUCUUCUCGUGUUUCGCUCUGUUCAUUGCCGGGAGUCUAUUCUUUUCUGCCUACGGUUAGGAAACCCGCAGUUUGAAAAAGAUUACCACCAAUCACAUGCUACAGUCUCCCUAGUAUUUGUUGGUGUUCUCGCUGGCGCUAUCCUCGCAGCCUCUGCAGCCAAUAUAACCCAUAUGUCACUCGGGCGUCGUGGUGCCGGCAUUAUAGGGUCCCUAUGCAUGGGAGUAGGAAAUUUAAUUCUGGCUCUGCAUCCUCCAUGGCCUGUCGUUCCAGUCACGAUGUGUUUAAUAACGUAUGGUCUAGCUGGGCUUGACCCGGUCGCGAGUGCCUGGGUUGGAAGUCUCCACCAUGCCAGAGGGUUUCUAGGCAUGUUACAGGGCUGCUUUAGCAUCGGGUCUGCAGUUUCUCCAUUGAUUGUCAAUGCGAUGGUUCAGCGCGGAAUCCCGUACUAUCAAUUCUACCAUGUUCCUUUUGCACUCUCGAUGCUUGGGGGUAUUGGAUUCACAUUCUCCUUUUGGAGCGAGGAUGGUGAGAAGUAUGCUCGAGAUACCCGCAGCUCGCAAAACUCAAGCGUGGACCAUACAAAGGAGAUUUUGAAGAACAAGGUGUUUUCCUCGGGCUAUUCUUCCAGGAUAUCGUUAUUGACAGAACAAGGUUUCUUGGAUUCUAGCGCUAUUCGUGCUGGUCAGUUGGGGCGUCGAAAGUAA